ACAAGACUAUUCAUCUACCAACCCAAACAAUCUAUGGGGAUGGUAAUUACUCACCUGUAAUGACACCCACUUGUAAUGUAGCAACAACCGGACUAUCAGCUGACUAUCUCCAGAGAUGUUCUGCUGUACAGCUUGAAUCAUGGAGUGUGAGCCCACAGAGUGUACCCACAUUUGUGGCACCAAUGGAGGCACAAACAAAAACUAGGCCAAAAAAGUCAAAGAAAAAGACUCCUACAAAUGUCUCUCAAAGACAACAUGCAAAUGCAGAAAUGGGAAAACAAACUUCCAACAGUUCAAUGGCAAAAGGUAGUAGAAAUCUGUCUAAAAUGGAAGUGAGACCCAUGCAGCAGACCACUGGGGGACAAAUGGAAGCAACACUGCAUCAGACUCAGAGUCAGAAUUCUGCCCCAAAUUCUGUAACUCAGAAAGGUGGCAAGAAGGGAGUCAAACGCAUUGUUGUUCCACCCAAAGUUCAAACAGAUCCAGUGGAAUAUCCUCCAUAUGUUGCCAGAAUUAUGAGGAUCCUGAACAGACAAAAACAGGGUCAUGGGGAAUCUACUGAUGAUAAAAAAGAAAGUGUUGAUUCCACUCCAAAACAAAUGACCACUGCUGGUAGAAAUGAUGAGGACAGAACUGAUUUUACUCCUAAUCAAGCUACUACUGCUGACAAAAAAGUAAUUGACACUGUGAACUCAAGUCUUAAACAAAAGGGACAACAAAGUGUUGUAUCAAGAACUCCUGUGCCAUCAAAGCAGUCUGCCCAGGAACAAAAGCAUAAGUCCUUGUCUGGUAGUACUGUCCAGAAGGUCAUUGAGAAAUGUAGCCAGUUGAAAUCUGGGUCCAAACAAGAGCCAUUGUCUAUUAGAAAGACACUCCCAGAGAACUACAGACCAGUGGUUAACACAACCCUGUUGUUAGAUGACUUGUUACCUGACAGUUUUACUCUGUUGGAAGCAGACAAUUUCUAUGGACCAGAGAUUCUUGUCACUUCUGACUCUCACUGCUUUGUGGCGUCUGUGCCUUUCUUCUAACUGGACAAUAGAGACUUCUGAAUGUGGAGAGUGUGGACAUUUAGUGAUGAAACAUUUUCUUAGUGAAAUUACAACCGCAGUCUUUCAUUAAAAACUUCUGUGAUAAUUAUUUUGAAAGGACUUUCAAUUUAUUUUAUAUUUUUUGAUCCCAAUUGAUUUCAGGCAUAUGACCUCUAUAUGGGAUCAACAUUUUAUUUAAGAGCACAUAGGCCAUUAUAGUAUGUGUAUUGUAAUUCAGUGCUUUUAAAUUCCUUUUUUAUGAUCA